AUGGUUUCAGUAGAAUCGAAAAUACUUGAACAAUUCGAUGACAACUUUCUCGUCUGUACGGUGUGUUCUGAGAGAUAUCGCAAUGCCAAGAUUCUACCAUGUCUGCACAGUUUCUGUGAGCAGUGUAUCCACAAACUGGUACAGAAAUCGGGAGGUAAGAAUUUACCCUGCCCAGUGUGUAGACGAGUUCAUGACCUCCCAGAAGGAGCCAGCAGUGUACAGACGAACGUCUUUGUAAACGAGUUGGUGGUGCUACUUGGAAAACGAGACAAAGAGACAAACUACGUUCAGAAAUGCGGAGGGUGUCAGCAAGGGUCGGUAACCACAUAUUGUAUUGAUUGUGCUGUAGGGCUGUGUGACAAUUGUACUUUGCCACAUAAACAACUUCCGUGUACUAAGUCCCACCAUGUAAUGUCACUCCAAGCGUACGAGGCUGCAAUGAUUGCUGAUAUUGCUUCGGUUCAACCACCUGUAUACUGCAGUAGUCACCCUGACAACCAGCUUAAAUUUUAUUGUGAUAGCUGUGAUAUUCCAAUUUGCUUAGAGUGUACUGUCAUAAAUCAUAAAAUAACUGAACAUAAUUACCGAUAUCUGAAUGACGCCGCCGAACAAUACACCACCGAUUUGACCAAGAUGACUUGCAUUCUAGCAGAGAAAGAAAAAGAUGCAAAAGAGAGCAAAGAAAAGGUUCAGCAGAUGACAGAACUGCUAGAGAAUCGAUUUAGUCAAGAAGAACAUAAACUAAAUGCUCAUAUUGAGAGAGUGGUGGCGGAAAUCACUGCUAAAAUUCGUGUAAAUGGAGCAGAGUUACUGCAAGCAUUGAACGAUUUAUUCAGUGAGAGAAAACAAAAUUUGCAUGCGCAAAUGAAAGAACUGGAAAUUGCAGAAAAUGAUGUGAAACAUGCACGUGACUUUGCCACUAACCUGAUGAAUUAUGGGAAUGCUACACAACUGAUGUUUACAAAGAAGGGGAUGACGUCACAGAUUAAGAAAUUGAUAAAACUAGAAACACAACAAGAUCCAACUGAAGAUGACUACAUCGAGUUUCAAAGCUCUGAUGACUUCUGUGAGACCAAAACCCUCGGAGUGAUACUUCACAAUAAAUAUAAUUUCGAGAUAAGAGAUGUUCCUGAAUAUGUCAGGAUUAGGGAGGAUGCGUCAGUAACCUUGGCAACUAGUGAUGGUACUAUGGUAGACUUUCUGGCAUUGAAUCAGAAGUUCCAAUGCGCAAUAAAAACUCCAUCAAACACGACAGAAGAAAUGAAAGUAACUGACAAUAAAGAUGGCACUUGUUGUCUGGCAUAUCAGGCUAAGGUAGAAGGGGUGCAUGAAUUGACAGUUUUAGUGAAUAACAAAUCAGUGCAGGGUUCACCUGUUAAGAUUAAUGCAAUUCCUACGAAGGGGUUGAUGGGUAAUUAUGGUGGAAAAGGGUCAGGAUUGGGCCAGUUUAAUAGUCCCUGGGAUGUCCUGAUAGCCAGUGAUGGAAAUGUAUUAGUUUGUGACAGUAAAAAUAAUCGACUUCAAUUACUGACGUUGGAUGGAAAACAUAAACAAAUAAUUCAAUUCACUGGUUUUAAUGAACCAUUCUGUCCACGUUGCGUUGCAGAGUCACAGGAUUGUAAUUAUUUCAUAACAGACAGUAAUAACAAACAAGUAGUUGUAUGUAAUAGUAAUUUUGAACUAAUUAGAUGUUUUGGCAAUGGGCAACUUACUUAUCCCGCUGGUAUUUGUAUUAAUCCUGUAAAUGGAAGAGUAUACGUUGUUGACAAUAAUUCCCAUUAUAUAAGAAUUUACAACCAAGAUGGAGGAUACAUACAGUCAUUCGGAUCACAGAGUGGUGGAGAUUGUCAGUUUAUUUAUCCUCAUGGAAUUACUAGUGAUAGUCAAGGUAAUGUCAUUGUGGCAGAUAAUUGGAACCACCGUAUACAAGUACUGACUGGUGAAGGAGAAUUUCUAUUCAAGUUUGGAAGUCGUGGAAAUUCUGAUGGUCAGCUACAGUAUCCUAGGGGUGUAGCUACUGAUACAGAAGGAUAUGUGUAUGUGAGUGAUUACAAUAAUAAUAGGGUUCAGAAGUAUGACUCCCAUGGUCAAUUUGUAUGUCGUAUUGAUAGUCCUACUGAUGGGUUGAGUAGUCCCCGUGGUAUCUGUGUCACUAAUGAUAAACCAUUUGGUAAGGUUGUAGUAGCUGAUACUGGGAAUAAUUGUAUUAAAGUAUUUGCACAGUAG